AUGCUGCGGAGGCUCUUGCUGCUGCUGUGUGGUGAGUUGGGCAUCUGGGAGCGGGCAGUGGCUGCAGCAGCCGGGCCACUUCCUGCUGAGCUGGGAGAGCUACUUCCACGUCCUGUACUGAGAAUCAGCUCUUCCCAGCCCUUGGAGGGAAGCUCAAUGACCCUGACCUGUGAGAUACAGCUCCCUCCACAGAAGCGAGAUGUCCAGAAACAGUUCUGCUUCUUCAGAGAUGACCAAAUGUUGGGGUCAGGCUGCAGGACCUCCCCAGAGCUGUGGAUCCCAAAUGUGUGGAGCAAAGACUCGGGGUCCUACUGGUGCCAGGUAGAGAUGGUGACUCUUGGGAUCACAAAAACGAGUGUGACAUCUCAGAUACAAGUGCAGAGAGUCCAUGUCUCCGAUGUGAGCUUGGAGAGCCAGCCCCCAGGAAGAUGGGUGAUGGAGGGAGACAAGCUAGUCCUAAUUUGUUCAGUUGCUAGUGGCACUGGAGAUAUCACCUUUUCCUGGUACAGAGGUGCUCUGGGUCUAAACCUUGAAACAAAGACCGAGCGUUCACUGAGAGCAGAAUUUGAGAUCACUUCGGUGCAGCAGAGGGAUGCUGAACAAUACUACUGUGCAGCAGACAAUGGCCAUGGCCCCAUCCUCAGUGGGUUGAUCAGCAUCACCAUCAGAAGUCCAGUGUCCCAUCCUGUCCUUACCCUUAGGGCCCCCAGGGCCCAGCCUGUGGUGGGGGAUAUGGUGGAGCUUCACUGUGAGGCCCUGAGAGGUUCUCCCCCGAUCCUGUACCAGCUUUACCAUGAGGAUGCCAUCCUGAGGAACAGCUCAGCCCCCUCUGGAGGAGGGGUGUCUUUCAACCUCUCCUUAACUUCAGAACAUUCUGGAAACUACUUCUGUGAGGCUGACAAUGGCCAGAGUGCCCAGCGCAGUGAAGUUGUAACACUCAAUGUCACAGUGCCUGAUGGGAACAGAAGCUAUCAUCUUACUUCAGGAAGCAUAGAAGGGCUGCUAGGCAGCUUUGGUUCCAUCAUUUUUAUGGCCCUGCUACUUGGCUACUGGCUCAAGAGAAGAGCAGGAAGACCUUCAGCUGGGGAUCUACCCAGGAGCCCUGGCAGCCGUGUAAUCCAGCAAUCUAACUACCUCAACUCACCUGAUGCAUUGCAGCUCCAGUCUUCAUAUGAAAAUGUAAAUGUUGGAAGUGGGGAUAAGAUUUAUUCACUGGUGUACCAUGCACAGCAGGAGCGAGAACCAGUAGUAGUUGGACACAUGGGGACGCAUGUAGAGAACAAGGUCUUUCCAGACAUCUAUUCCAGGCUGAGAAAAGCAGAAAACAUAGACUCAGACUAUGAUGAUGUUAUGUAAAGCUACAGAAGAUAUUACUCUUUGAAAAACCAUCCAUGACCCCAAGCCUUAGACUCCACACAAUCUUCAGAGAUCCUGGGAGUCCGUUUUCCAGUACUCUUCACCCGGAUGCUUUGCCCCAUGAGAUGAUUCCUUCAUCUACUGUGAAGUGGCACAAGCUCCAGAGAGAACACCCUGGAGAAUUCACUUAGAUCAACUUAAACCAAGGGGUGGGAAGGACUUUGCUGCCAAAGCCUGACUCCUGCUGGCUCUUCCUGGAAUAGGUUGAAUAUAUGGGCUUAACUUCUUUUCACAGAAGGAAAUAGUGGGAUAAAAUAAAGCCUUGGAGUGGAGGGACAGUGAGGAUCAGAGUGAAAACAAACACAAGGGGAUGGUGAUUUUGCAGGAUUA